CUACCUCAGAUAAUUGUUAUGGCUAAAUGCGCUUUGACAACCUUGGUUUUGCUACUAAUAGUGCUAAUUCUCAUCCAAGAGCCUCAUAUCAUUGAAGGUCGACCAAUGAAAUCUUUGGGGAUCUCUAGUAUCUCGAAGAAAGUUGAUGGUAGCAGUUUGAAUAUUUCAAGCAAGGUAGAGACAGAAGAUCAUUCCUUGGAUGCAUUCCGGCCUACUAAACCCGGGAACAGUCCCGGAAUUGGUCACUAGUUAUAUGUUGUUCAGACAAAGAAGAUGCUAGGGUUAUAUUUUAGACAUUUACUUGUGACAAAGUAUGAUGUUGUGUGUGCGUCGUGUAUUGCCUGGGUUUGGUUUCUAUGUAUUGAUUGGUCUGUUUCCCGUGAUUGUAAUCGAUGAUUCUUGCACUUUAGGUGAAUUGCUUUGUGUUAUGCUACGUUAAUUCUUUCCUUCUUCG